AUGUGUCAGAUCCCACGAGUUGUAAGGGAUCUCCAUACAGAAGAGAAGUUCUUUUUCAAAGCAGGAGAUAAAAGGCAUGGAUUUCGCAGAGAAGUUGAGAUUUUGGCCAAGUUGAAAAGAAUCUCUGAGCAUGACCCUGAACUGCGAACUUCGCGGAUUGUAGGCUUAGUCAACUGGGACGGGCAAGAAUCAGUUCUCAUGGGUAUGCUGCUGGAAAAUAUCGAGGGAAUCACGCUCCAUAAAGCAAUAAUGGACGCUUCGAUCGAUGAGAAACGUAAAUGGAUGGACCAGAUUGAAGCGACUGUUAAGAGUCUACAUGGGUAUGGAAUUGUUUGGGGGGAUGUGAAGCCGGACAAUGUCAUGAUUGACUCUUCUGGAGACGCUAUUUUGAUCGAUUUUGGCGGUGGAGGGACGCUCGAGUACGUGGAUUUGGAACACCACGAAACAAAAGAGGGAGACUUGCAGGGGUUAAAACGGCUCAGAUCAAAUUUUAUUUGUUGA